GGCACAUACCGUACCAGACGACGCCGGUCGCUCGAACAGUCUGCGGAAGCUCGUCGCUAGCGACAUCAGGAAAAUGGCUGCUGGACCUGUGGACAUGGAGCUCAAAAAAGCGUUUCAAGAGCUGCAGAUGAAAAUGAUCGAAACAACGAGGCGUCUACGGCUAGCUGACGUGCAGAUCGAGAACCUCAAGAAAGGGGUCAAGUACGCCUAUUGUACGGGCGAAGUGAUCUCUGAGGCUCCGCCCGGCACGAGAAUGUAUCAGUCUGUCGGAAGAAUGUUUCUGGGUUCUGAUUUUGAGGAAGUUAUGAAGAAUUUGGAUGAUAAGAUAAAGACCUGCAAUGAGAAGAUCAAGAGCCUUGAGAGCAACAAGGCCUACUUGGAAAAGAGCCUCAAGGAGUCUGAGAACAACCUUAGGGAAAUGAUUGUUCAGAAGCAGAGCAUGCAUUGACAUGGCAAGGUUAGGUACUUAACACGUGACAUUAAUUAUUUAUGCAAAUGUUAGGAAAAUGUUACCACAUCAGGGAUCAUUCGAACCAUGGGCACCCAAAGUGAUGCCGUAAAAUACCUUCACUAGUUUGUUGCGACAUCUUAUUUUCAUUACCUUCCUGUGGGGAAACCAUUAAUAUAGCUUAUCUGCAAAAUAUUUUGAGCUUUUCACUAUGGUUACAUUGUUUUGUGCAAGACAACCAGAAAGUCAUUUUGUACACCGUGAAUUUGCCUCGAUUUUCUAAAAUAAACAGUUGAUGUGAAACUGAAA